GAACCGGUCACGAGCGAAGGUACUCAAAAAGAGGAUAACGGCUCAAAACCUACGGGUGAACUUCAAAACCAAUUUAAACGUGGACAACCACCUCCAAAUAAACGCAGACGUGUUCGUGGCGGAUCGGUGACUGCCGCGUCAUCGUCACGUGCAUCAGUGUCAACUAUAGAGGAAGAAGCUAAAGAAAUAGUGAGUUUCAUUGAUUCCGUUACCGAUGAAGUUACAACAGCCACCUCUAGUGAAAUUAUCAAUACACACGAAUCGCACUACGACGAUGAGUUUGAUUUAGAAGCAUUUUCGACGCAUUUUGGAAUACUUCCGAUGCAGUCAUUAGUUAUUAUUCGGCCAAUUUCCGGCGAAGAUGAUGACAAAAUCUUGGAAGCAUUGAAGCCCAAGUACAUUGUUAUUUAUCAUCCAGACCAGGGAAUUGUGCGACGUGUCGAGGUAUUUCGUGCUACGCAUCCAGGAAUAGCCUGCAGAGUUUACUUUAUGAUGUACCAAAAUUCAGUGGAAGAACAAAGUUAUUUGAGUUCAAUAAGAAGGGAAAAAGAAUCUUUUGAAAGAUUAAUUCAUGAAAAAUCUAUAAUGGCCAUCCCUUUAG